AAAUGAAAAAACAAAAAAUUCCAUCGUCCCCUAUAUAUAUAGCCAAGAAACUCGAGAAACUUUGUGCUGAGUGUUAAACAGACGAUUCUGAACAUCUAUCACACGCAAGAUCCAAAAAUGGCUUUCAUGUACAUGUUAUUUGGACUCUUGGCUGCUGCCACACUUUUUAACCCAACCGGAGCUCAAGGAUAUGGUGGAUAUGGUGGAUAUGGUGGAAUUCCUGGAAUAGGCGGUGUGGCCAGCAGUUUUGGUAGUCUAGGAAGUGGAUUCAACGGUGCUGGUUUUACUGGAUUUGGUUUCGGUGGAGCAGGUGCUGGUAUAACUUUCCCAGGCUACGGCUUCGGACAUGGCUAUCCAGCAGUAUCACACGCUAAUGUUGUACCGUUUUUCGCUUCUCAACAAACUCACCAAAUACCCAUCACUUCUCAAGUUCACCAGAUACCAAUAACAACUCGUCAAAUUCAACAUGUACCAAUCGCCACCCAACAAGUGCAUCAUGUACCUAUUGCCACAACACAACAAGUUCAUGUACCUGUCGUUAACACACACACCGCCAGUUACCAUCCGUACCCAAUUUACCGGCCCCAGCAACCCUACAUCGGCAUUGAUGGCAUGACCGUCUUCAACAUCAACGCCCCACUCUACAACCAGGAACCAGGAUUCUACUACCAACACAGUCCUUCCUACCACAACUACCCCACAUACCACCACUACCCACAAGUCCACUACCCAGUAAGAACCGUCAUGCAAACCCAAACCACCCACCACACCGUCGCACCUACAUACUAUGGACAUGGUCACGUGUAUGGUUAUGGAGGAUAUGGUCAUGGAGGAUAUGGUCAUGGAGGAUAUGGUCAUGGAGGAUAUGGAGGUUAUGGACAGGGAUUUGGAGGUUAUGGACAGGGAUUUGGAGGUUAUGGAGGUCACUAUGGAGGUCACUAUGGAGGUUAUGGUUAUCCUUAUGGAGGUCAUUAUGGUCACCACACCGGAUAUCCCUACUUUGGCUAUGGUCACGGGUACCCGCACCAUUAUUAAUUCAAGACAAAACUAGAUCCAGCUGAAACGACUGCAGGGUUGCUGAUGUACUUUACAUUUCAACUACCAUCAAACAAUGACUGAAAGAAAAAAAACAAAACAAAAACAAACCCUUUAAAUAAAUAGAUAAAAACCAUACACAACAACAACAACACCUGUGAAAACAAAAGAAAAUGGAUAAUGAUAUAUAACACACAUACACACACAUAGAUAUGUGUAUAUGUAUAUAUAUAUAUGUGUUUGUGUAUAUAUAUAUGUAUAUGUUUAUAUUUAUAUAUAUGUGUAUAUAUAUGUAUGUAUUUGUGUCUAUGUAUGUGAAGAAUAUUCCCAUUUUUUUUUUUCGAUAUUUUUACAUUUUUUUUACAUUUGUCACAUGAACCUAUGUCAACACCGCCAACAUCAGCAACAAGAAGAACACCAUCCUCAGCAAUAACUGAAACACCACCAUCAGCUGCGAUGAAAUGAAAAUACGAAAAACGAAAAUGAAAAUGAAAAUUUUAUAAAAGCAGUAAUGGUUUAUAUAUGAAUGUAUAUAAAAUGGUUUUUAUAAAAAUACAAAGAAAUUUGUAAUAAAAAUUGUUUGUUGUGUUAUAAA